AUGCCCAAACAUAGUAAUCUUACAACGGAUGAGACAACACAAAACUCGGGAACUACUUUUACUCGUGCACCACCCCAUCGAAGAAACAAAUCUUCUAUUUGGAACCACUUCACUCCUGAUCCAGAUUUGAUUGGAAUAGCUAGAUGCAACUAUUAUGACUCUAAGUUAAAGUCCAAUAAUGGAACGACUUCCAUGACCGGACAUUCAAAGAUAUGUAAGAGUAACCCAAAUAAUGAAGCAAAUAAGAGAUUGAAAACAACUCCAUCAUCAACAACAAAUGUGACUUCUCCUUCAGCAAUUGUGUUAGGAAAAUUUGACCAAGAGAAAUGUAGGCAGGCCGUGGUUGAUAUGAUUGUAGAAAUGGAGCUUCCGUAUAUGCAUGCAGAUCAUAAAGCUUUUCGUCAUUGUAUGAGUGUAUUGUAA